UGCGCAUUAUGGCGACGCUCAGCUGGUGGUGACUAGCGACUCGAUCGGUGCCUGGCCGGAGCGCGAAGAGUGUGUGACGGACUGACGACUGCGUCGAGUGGCAAUUGCGCGACACUCGUACUUUCGGCAUCGAGCGUUGGCGCGGCGUGUCGCACGCAUUGGUCUCGUCGACGGAUACCGAGUGUUGCUGCUGAGGGCAGGCUACGCGAACGGACGACGCGAGAGGUAGGAUGGCAAGAAGCGCCGCAGAGAGACAACGGGCGUCGUGCGUCGUCGUUGCAUCGCUGCCGUCGUCGCCACUGUUGUUGCCGUCGCGCGGAGUGCUGCUGCUGUAAUUACACGCGCGGGGAGAGCGAAGGGCACCGCGAGGAGCAGGGAUCUGAAUGCGACGCGACGACGGAGGGCAAUUAGAAAGCUGACAACCAGCUCGUCAAUCCACGAACAUGGGCAACUGCUUGAAACGCGCCAGCGGCAAUCAACAGGACAAUACCACUCUGCUGAGCAACAAUCUCGACCACAACGUGUCCACCGGGUCCUCACAGGAAGGCCUCGGGCCACCGAUUCCCUACAACCAAGCGUCUUAUUACCCAUCGAUCGCUACUCGGGAGCGUCACCUGCAGUCCAGCAACCUGAACAUCGGCCGUGCGAUCGGGGUGAACCUGAUGCAGAGUGGUGGCUCGGCUUGCUUGAGCGAAGAGGAGCAACAAGUUAGAAUCGCCAAGCGCAUAGGACUGAUACAGCAUUUGCCAAUGCGCGAGUACGAUGGCGCGAAGAAGGGCGAGUGCGUGAUAUGCAUGAUGGAGCUGCUGGUGGGCGAGGAAGUGCGCUAUCUGCCGUGCAUGCACACCUAUCACGCGAUCUGCAUCGACGACUGGCUGCUGCGCUCCCUGACCUGUCCGUCCUGCAUGGAGCCGGUGGACGCGGCGCUAAUUAGCUCGUAUCAUCCGACUACUUAAUACCGGUGUGACAGGAAUUUCAAUGGUCCGGCCAAUCAGCAGAUUGGAAUUAAAUUAUCAGGCUGAACGUGUGAUACAACUGUGAGAAGCGAGCUAGAGAGAGAGAGAGAAAAAGAAAGAGCAGUGAGAGUCACUACUUUUGCUGUAGAGCAUAUAAUGGCUUCUGGUUAGUAGAGAGAUCGCGUGUGUUAAUGGCCUGACUGUAUUUUCGCCGUUACACCCGAUAUAUAUAUGUGCGCGUGCGUGCUGUUUAACGAUAAUCCUUAUCAUUUACACAGACACAUACAUAUACACACGCAACACACACACGUACACAUCUGUACAUUAACAAGUAUUUUUUAGAUCAUUUUCUAGACAGGAGAACGAAGGGGGCGACUUUAUUUUAAUUAAAAGUCUUAUUAAACAUCACACCAAAAUCCUUUCCAGUAGUGAGUUAAUCGCUUGUACAUUGAUUUCCUAUUAGAAGAAGCAAACGACGAAAGGAGAUGGAAAAGGGAGGAGGCUACUCGAUGUAAGCGUGCAAUAAAGCGUUGAGUAAGCCUCGUGUACACCGAUAGGUAUAGUCAAAACAAUAAGAGUAUACAUAUAUAUAUAUAUAAAUAUAUAUAUAUACAUAUAGAUAUACACAUAGUUAUACGAGAUAAGAUGUGCGACACUUGCAGAAAUCAUCGUAUCCUUUAUAUUCCUUCCUAGCGAUUAACGCGAUGUCUAUGUAUACAUCUUUUUGCGUAAUUUCCGACGGAAAGUUUUGUACAAAUUGCGUUCUCUUUAUUUUUACACAACUUUUUACUCUAAUCCGGAAUUAAGAGUAAUCGCGUAUCUACCUUUCGAUAAGGGUAAAUGAAUUAAAGAUGUUUUCGAGUUCUCUAUCGAGAAAGUUUGCUCCCGGAUUAUCCGCUGCGUGCGGAUAGGGGAAACCGACAGUCCCUGUCCGAAAUUGCCAAAGUGAAGUGGGCGAUUCGCUGGACGUUUUGUGAUAGAACAAAGUCAGUCUUUCUAAUACGAUAUUCGUGAUAUUUUAAUUUUCUCGCAUGUGUCGUUACAGAAAUCGCUUCAACUGCUUCUGCCACUGUCGCGCGACCAACAUUGAGCAUUUUUCAUUCAGAUAACAAGUGUACAGAAGGAGAAAGAGAGAAUGCUUCAUUAUAUGCUACGGACGAUUAGCGGUUUAUUAUACUGAUAGUGCGAGAACGUGCAUAGCAGCGAAUGAAAAAUGGUCACACAAUAAACAGACAGAAGGGAGAAAACGAAAGAGCGAUAAAUAAUCCACACUGUUGAAACAAUCGAUGCUAACAAUGGGCUACGUAACUUAGAUUCUGUUGUUGAUUUAGUGAAGCUUGUUGAACUAACUUUCGCUGCAGUUACAAUAAAAUGAUGGAUUUUUGCUGUUACGCUGAAAAUUAUCUACAGAGAUAUGUACAGUUUUUCGUGUAGUUUCGUACAUCAGUGUAUAAUAUGCGAUAAAAUAAUAGUUUUACCGACUUGAAGGACAGGAAGCAAGAUCACGAGAGACAAAUGAGAACACGAUGAGUUAAUCUAUAAGUGAAGAAAGGAAGCUUAACAGUACGGUACCACUAAGUUCUCUGUUUUAAAUGGGAAAAUGAUGCUGUGAAAUAGUGAUUUAUUGACGAAGUACAGAAGUAUAUAUAAAUAAUGAUUUAAUACACAAAUAUAAAUAUUUAGUUAGAAAUUUUGCGUUUUUAGAAACUGCCCUUCUCAAUACAAAAUUUCUCGAUCGCGCUCCGAUCGAACGUUUAAAUAAUUAGAGCUAUAUUUGCAAA